AUGCGCCGUACGACCGCCUUCUUGACUUCACAGCUGCUGAGCUUGGCUACCACCAAGAUUGCUUCGACGGCGAGUGAGGGUACUAGUUUUGGCGGUCCUAAUAUUAGCAGAGGUGGUGGUCUAUUCUUUGCUGAUCGCGCUGUUAAGAUGACGCGCUUGACUACACCAGGCUUCUCCUUGAUUUGCAAACCUUCCAUCCUGAGCUGUGAAUCUCCUGACGCCACAGCGGCGGUGCGUCUGAUAACGGAGGAGCCGGGCAAAGGGCCUUCUGCGAGGAUACAACUGGUCGGCAUGUGCACCGUCUCUUUUUUCCGGUCCCAUCGAAUCGUGUUUCAUUGUACGGGGGAGCAGGGGCGCGUGCAACGCCAUGAAAUAGGUCUCAAGAAUGGUGACGUUCUUGCCGUGCUCAGGGGAUGUGAUCUGAUGCGGGAUUGGAAAUCCGUCGAGCGAACAUUGCGUAGCGUCGCGGGUGAGGACCCUGAGUACAUGGCAGAGGAGAUAUUGUUGAAGUUGGCAUCAGACGCGAGGGCCACAACGAAUGGAAAUGCUCUGAAUAAUGCUGGUUCUAGUGUUAUUGAUGAUGACGAUAAUAUUAACACUAAUGCCAGCGUGGAUGGCAAAGAAGUCAGCACAAGUGACAGUAGUAUGCCUAAUGGGAUAUGCAUCAUGACGGUUGUGAGGAAUAGGCCUUCCGAGGAGCUUCCGCAACCACCAUCCUACUUGAACUGGUCGAUGGCGUGUGGGGGAGAAAAACAAAACGGCAGCCAAAAAAAAGGCCGGGUGGGGGAGAUGAAGCCGGAAUUCGUGCAGCUGAGGUGA